GGAUAUUCCAAUACUAACCCUCGAAUAUUCUUCUCUUACCGUUAUAUCACCCCCACACCUCUAUCUCCUUUAUUCUCUCACCUUCGGUUUCCCUUCACUUUCCCUCUUAUUCUCUCACCAGCCAAACACGCACGAAAAGCAAGAACUCGGUUCUUUUGCUUCUCAAUAGUCUAAGAGAACAUGAAGUUCGGCAAGAGUCUUAGCAACCAGAUCGAAGAGACCCUGCCGGAAUGGCGAGACAAGUUUCUCUCCUACAAGGAGCUCAAGAAGAGAUUGAAACUCAUAGAGCCAAACAAAGGCGGAGAUAGGCCAACCAAGCGACAGAAAUUGGACGCUGGCGAUAGUACCGACUGCGGAGGAGGAGAAAAUAAGGAUGGCAUGACGGAAGAAGAGAUUAAUUUCAUUAAACUUUUGGAAGACGAACUGGAGAAAUUUAACACCUUCUUCGUAGAGAAGGAGGAAGAGUACAUCAUCAGAUUGAAGGAGUUGCAAGAUAGUGUAGAAAAGGCAAAAGAUUACAGUGAGGAGAUGAUAAAAAUUCGGAAAGAGAUUGUUGAUUUCCAUGGAGAGAUGGUUUUGCUGGAGAACUAUAGUGCACUUAACUAUACAGGACUGGUAAAAAUACUAAAGAAGUAUGACAAAAGAACUGGUGCUCUAAUUCGCUUGCCCUUCAUUCAAAAGGUCUUGCAACAGCCUUUCUUCACCACUGACUUGCUAUACAAACUUGUAAACGAGUGUGAGAGAAUGCUUGAUCGCCUUUUCCCAAUAAAUGAACCACCAUCUUCAGUUGAAGCAGCUGAUGGAGAUGAAGGAUGUGAUCCUUCAACUUCUGCUACGACAACCAAGGAUGAUGGUCUGCUUAGAGUCCCUAGAGAACUUGCAGAUAUUGAACUCAUGGAGAGUUUAUAUAUGAAAAGCAGUAUAUCAGCAUUGCGGAUUUUGAAGGAAAUUCGAAGUGGAAGCUCAACUGUUAGUGUUUUUUCAUUGCCACCUCUUCAGUCGAGUGCGUUGGAAGAUACUUGGAAGAAGGUUCCAAUUCUGGAACAGGCCGCUAAGUAAUUAAUUGGGUUAGAGGAGAAUUGAGUAUACUUUUGUUUUGUAUUAAUACUCUUUUUUUUAUACCUUUUUUUUUCUUUUUUUGAGUUACCUUUCAUGCAUAUUUUAUGCGUGGUUUAGAUACUAACACAAUGUAAAAUGUUUAAUUAAAGCUGGAUCUAAUAUUAUAUAUGAAACCUAAGUUCUGGAUUAAAUGAACUUUUUGCAA